UUCAAUUUUAUAAAGAUAUUAAACAUAACACUAAAAAAUAAAAUUUGUGACAAUAAAAAUAAAAUAAUAUAAUAAAUGGAUCAGAAUAAAUAAUAGACUUAGGAUGAAAAUUUGUGUCUAGUAUGUUUUAUAAGAGAAGCUGAUCCUAGCAUAAUAUCUGAUUUAAAAAUAUGUAAAGAAUGCUUCUAGGUAACAAGCAAGAUGAUGAACGAAUUCAAGUAAAGCAGAUUUAUGUAGGGUAAAAAGUAUGUAGAAAUAAGUGAAAUUAUAAAAGAUAAGCUUUAUUUAGGAAAUGAAGACGCUGCAACUAGCAAAAAAGAUUUAUAGGAGAGAGGAAUUACUCAUAUUUUAGUCGCAGGUAGCUAACUUGAUUAAUACUUUAAAUAAGAUUAUACAUAUCUUUAAUUAGAGCUCGCUGACAGUAUCAAUGAGAAUAUAUCCAAAUUUUUUAAAGUUUCAAAUUAAUUUAUAGAAAAUGGUAAUGUUGUAUAUGUCCAUUGUGCAGCAGGAGUUUCUAGAAGUGCCACGCUCGUUAUUGCAUAUUUGAUGUAAAAAAAUAAAUGGACUUUUGAUUAAGCUUUUGAGUUUGUAAAAAGUAAAAGACAAGUUAUUUGUCCUAAUUCAUCCUUUAGAUCUUAACUAAAAGAAUAUGAAAAUAUUAUUUUACAAUCUAAUUAAUAAGAAAACGCAUAAAUUGUAUGA